UAGGAACAUGCACUGCUUAGUGAACGAAUCGACACUCGAUAGCAACAACAAACAAACGUAUUUGCAUGGGAGAGAGAGAAGUGUAGUCGUCCCAUGGGCAAGUUCUAACUUGCUCUUUCUCUCUCUUUCUUUCUAUUUUGUUGCUUGCUUGCAUCAAGUGGCACACAAAGUGAUGCUGAGCUGAACUAAAGAUUAGUAAAAGAGAGACAACGAGAUCAACAUGGAGACCGAGAAGUUAACGAACUGUUUUCACUGCUUGUGCUGUUACGAGACUUACGAGCGUUUAUAUACAUAUACACGCAUAUACACAUGUUCAUUGUGUAUAUAAGUGACAAAUGUUGAGAAGCGAAAUCUAGGCUGCUGCUGCCAUCAGCUGCAAGUGCGAGAAGAAGCUUUGGCAGCGUUGCUCCGAAAAUCGAGAGAAAAGUUCUCACAUACACAACAAUUACCCUUGGUGCAAGAUAUCCCAGCAACAGAGAGUGGAACACUCAAAAAUCAAGGACUCAGUGUCCAAGUGCGUACUACAGAGGCAUACCUAAGUAGAAUGAAACUUCUUGAGGAGACGUGACAUUUGCUCGUGUGGAAACAUUCUUUUCUACAGGUAUAGAGAAUAUUUUAUACAUGGACAUACUCAAAGAGAGAAAAACGUGUAUAAGAUAAAAAACUUUGUCGCCGUUGUCGUCGUCGUCGUCCAAACUAUCCAGAGGGUGGCUGCAAGGAGCAACAGAGGAGCGACCGUCUGCGGUGGCCCAGGCAUACGGGGAUCGCUACGCCAUCAUGUGCGAUGUGUGUGCCGAUUUUCACGAACUUUUGCUCACCUAUGAUGACAGAAUCAAUCAGGACGAAGACGAGAUAGCACACCUUCUUGCUUGUGAUGUAGACACUGUUUUACAUUACACAAAUCAGUGGGCUCAAAGACAGUGCAUGUGCUGUUUUCGAGAGCCAAAAAACUUUGAUAGAUAUGCUAGAUUGGUUCAUCACAUUGUUCUUUGUACACUGCAACAGUUACAAGAUUUGCAAAAAGAGUUGCAAGAUGCAGCUGAUAAGAGAAAAAAGAUCGAGUCCAGUAGCAAUGAUGGAGAGGAGACAGCUAAAAAGGAGAAAGAAAAAAAUUUGGAAGAAAAAUCACAAAGUAUAGACUGCAAAUUGAAUUGGAAUAAUCAGGACAGAGAAAAGUUGUUUCACUUACUAUCUAAAACAUUUUUAUUAAACUUUCCUCUCUACAUUGCUAUGAAACAUGGAGGGCCCAUGAAUGCUCCUAAUUCUGCUAAGGACGAAGAAGGGUAUUGCGAGCCUCAUGAUCCAGAAGUUCCGACACCUUUGAUACGGGCAGUGUCAGUGUUUUGCCAUAGAGGUGGAUUUAAUUACAUGUCAGCUUGUUUUGUCAAAGAAUACAAGCUACCCAUUGGUCUGGCACAUGCUAUGGUCGCGGUUAUUUGCAAUUUAAAACUUUGGCUGAAUCUCCAGACUGUGAAUGAAUUAUUUCUGCCACUGCGCUCUCAAAUCAUGGAGUACAUGUGUAAUUUGAGCGACAAAGAAUUGAGAACUGCGGCUGUAAGAACUAUGGCAGACUUUAUGUGGAGCACAGUGAAGGAUCCAAUAGACUCUGUAGGUCCUGUAUUCGACGAGCCCGGUUUAAAUCUCGCCUUUAAGUACUUUACAAGCACAACACUGACAAUGCGUCUAGCAGGCAUAGCUCAAAUAAACUCUCACAUUACGACCUUUAAUGAGCUCUGUAACAGUGAGACGCCAGACAUCGAGCAAGUUGGACACAAACUUGCCUCCUGGCUUGUUCGCAACAAAAUUAUAAACUGCAUAUUUGGUCCAAAUCUCCACGUCGAGGUGAUAAAACAAAGUCAUAUAGUGCUUAGCUUUCUAGCAAUGGAGGGUCGCAUUACAUCUGCCGAUAUGGACAUCAUUUGGCAAGCGGCACAGCUGAAACAUUGUUCCCGUCCAGUGUACGAUUUGUUGGCACCUCUGGUGAAGCAUCUGGCUCCAACACCGGUUCAACAUUUGUACUCGUUGUUGGGAAAACUGGAGCCCAAAGAGCACACAGAACAGAGCUUGUACUUGGUAUCGGCGCUAAUCAAAGUCAUCUGGAACUCUAGUACUAAUGCGUAUACAACUACGUUAGCUAUCGAAGGCAGAGAUCCAUUAAGACACUUGACCGUAGACGAAGCCAGUACCAGCAGUGAACCGAGUGUGAUGGACGGUAGUAGUCCGGAUGAGGAAGAAGAACCGAGUCCAACUGCCUCUGAUGGUCCAUCGCCGCGAAAACAGGCCAGAAGUAACAGUGAAUGUGACAGUCCAUCAAAGUCCAAAAUGGAAGCAGCAUGUAGCGAACAAGUGUACGGCAUUAAAGACGUGCUCCAGUUAAAAGAUAGAUCCCGUUUGGAAAGUGAAAACACUCCCAACACUUCGUGCAAACGCGAGCACACAUCCGACGAAAAAACCGGCAGUUGUUCCGAUGAGCACACAACAGAUGCUGAAACUGACAGGUCCAAUGCGGAUGACUCUAUCGUCAUUCACGUGCGAAAGAAAAAAAAGGUCAUUUUUCGAAAGCGCAAACGACCACAGCAACGAUCGGCCAGUGGCAACCGAAUCACGACGACGACGACGACAACCACGUUAGCGUCGUCAUCGUUAACGACUAGCGUCAGCGAAGACUCUAGCAAAGAGCUUAAUAAAUCAGGGAACAAUGAGGGCAUUAUGAUGAGUUUUUCGGAUAAUAGCACUGUGACACAGUCAGAUGAACACGAUAAGAGCGCAGAAAGCGUAACCGAUAAAAUCAUUGUCGACACUCUGGAUCGAGUGAAACAAGAAGCUAUUGCAAUGCAUCAGCCGGCGGGCUCUGAUCAGCAGAUGCCCACAUCUGGAACUUUGGUUGGACAGAGGUCGGAAAAAGUCGUGGGAACUUUGAUAAAUGGAGGUACAAAAUUUGCUGUGACGAUUCCCAGGCACGAUGUAGGAAUGCAUUCAGCUGAAAGUUCACACGAUGAGGAUGACAGCGACAUUGUAGGUGUGGUGACGGGAGCUGAAGGUGCUAGUACAGUAACCUCGGAACUGGGUUGUUUGGAUCAUGCAACAAAUUCACGUUACAUACCGAAUUGCUUGGAUGAAAUGCUCUCUGACGAGGAAGGCUCCUACAGUAGUCGCAUCUCCAACAAGAGUGAAAAGAAUAUGGCUGACUUUGACGGCGAGGAAAGUGGCUGCGAAGAGGAGCUUGCUCAACUCGCUGCCCAACACCUUUCAGCCAUUCAUAUGCAAGCCUAUCAUCCCCAUCACGCGCAUUCGACAAUGACAGUUCGGCGCUCGGUGUGUCGCGCACCUCAAAUUAGGACCGUCCGUCAAGGAGUCUCGCGUCUCUGUGCGCAGUUCAAUCUUGAUGCAGUCUGCAAGCCCGGCAACACAUUACUCUGGGACUUGUUGCAAGAUGACAAGAUAGGUCAGCUCGGCGAGGGCCUCGCCGUCGAAGCUGAAAAAGCUCUGUGCAACUUACUGUGCUACAACGUCGAUCGCUCGAUACCCAUGAAAUUUAUCGAGGGCUGCCUCGAAAACCUUGCCAACAAUCGCUCGGUCGUAGUGUCAUUAAGAAUCCUGCCAAAGUUGCUGGCCAGUUUCCAGCAGUUCGGCACCAUGGAUGCUCAUACGAUUACAACCUGGGCGGAUCGUGAGCGUGGCAUGAUGAAGCACUUUUUCAACAAUCUCAAGACUUACGCCGACACCGGUCCCAAGAGUCUUUAUUCCCAUCAGACGGAAGUACAGGUGCGCUUGCAAUUCCUGUCCUCGAUAUUUUCGCCGCUUGGCUCGCCCGACUGCUUUCGACUCAGCCUCGAGCAGGUUGACACGCUGUGGCAAUGCUUGGCGCAGGAUCCGACCUGCGCUGACGAAUUAUUCAGCUGGCUGCUUAGCCAGGCCAAGUCGACGGAACAGCACGCCCUCGGCAUGGACACGUUGAAGCACCUGUGCAUGAGGAAACUUCCGAGCCUGCCACCCGAGACAAUAAGCAUGACCGGACUGAGUCUAUUUCAGCAGCUGUGCAACCUUGCGCGACUCGCGGCCGUUCAUCUCGAAAGACCACUGAAAGACGUCGAUUUCGUUGGCAUGGACUUUCUGUGGAAAAUUGCUCUUCGCGCCAAGAGCACCGAAGUCAGCAUGGCUGCAAUACAGUAUCUAAAUGGAUAUUACAUGUCACGUCAGCUAACACAAGAGAUUGAGUUCGUAUCCCAGUGUAUGACAUAUUUAGCUGCAGCCAGUGCUGAUCUUGAAAUAAACGAGGAGGCGAGUCUACGCUGUAUCCAACGAGCUCUUCUACUACUCAGGACGCACCUCGAAGCUUUCCGCAAGCGUUACGCUUAUCACCUCAGACGAUGGGCUUUAGAAGGCAGAGGUGCCGGGAGUCACAUAGCAGCAAACACGUCGGAGAGGAGCCAACAAAUUCGUGUCCAGGUACAACCAGCCGGUAUAUCGGAAAAAACGACAUUUACGCUGUUGAGUACGGAUUAUGUGGCAGAUCUCAGAGCUGAAGUAUCAAAGUGGUGGGACGACACUCAUGCGCGUCUCGUCAUGGACGAUGGUAAACCUCUUGGCCCUACAGCAAAAUCGGGCACUGGCUCGGUACUAGGCUCUCUUUUGACGGAUGGGCCUAUUCGGAUGAUUACGCAAGGACAAGAACUCACUAUAGACUUUGAUGAGAAAACUCUCUCUGAAAUUGGCUUCAAAGACGGACAGCUGGUGUUUAUUUCUCUUGGGGCUGGCAGGUGUAAUGGCGGUGGCCGACCUAAUAAGCGUGACAUUGAUUCACCAUCGUUGCUACCACCACCUCCGCGGGACUCACUACCAACGUUGCUGCUCCUCAGACCGCAGUAUUUCGAACAGUUGUUCACCCUGAUGAGAACGCUUGGUGCUAUGAAGACAAUUGUGAAGGGUCGCGAAGUGCCGCACACAAAAGGCCAGGUUUUAUCUCGAAGAGUUUGGGACACUUUGACACUACUUCCGACGAGUCCCACGUUACUGCAAGGAUUUCAGAAACUAGAUGAAGCUUCGCUCGAGGAACUUUUGGAUCCGUCCAAUCCGCACAAACUCAUGUACUCUCUGUAUAUCGUUGAAUCUUUGGCAAAAAGAUCGAAUCGUCGGGACAUGAUGUCAAUGGCACACGACGGAGGCGGUGAUGCCAGUGGCGGUGGUGGCGGCGGUGGCGGCGGUGGCGACGCGAGUAGCGCUGACUCAGAUGAUACUCCAACGGACUGGUCAACGACGUUUGUGCGCCACGGCGGGCUUUGCCAUCUUUUUGACAUUUUUAUGUCCGGUUGUCUGGAGAACAGAGACGGCAGCGAGUGGCAGCAGGACUGCUUGGCUAGUUUGUUGAAACAAAUCUGUCAUCUGGGCGUGAACGGAAAACGGCGGAACAAAGCUGACAAGUUGGCUAUACCCCGACUUAGCAAAGAACUCUCGGCCCUGAUGAACGUGAGUACCGUGUUGCCAAGGAUAACGAGUAUACUGGAAGAAGCAUCGGAACCAUUAGAUCCAAACCAUUACAAGACUGGUAUGUACGGGCGAUCGCAAGUCAUCCAUUACGCUAUGGCUCUGUUGGUCUGCUGGGUACAUAGCGAUCCAUCGAUCGGACAGUCGCUAUUUUCCAGUGACAAGCCGUUCGGUAAAACGUGGCUCCGCAGGCUCGUACUCGAGGACCCCGAGCCUGCCGUACGUAGGGAAGUCUGCACCGCGCUGUACAAACUAUGCCUUGGUAGCGUCGAAAGUGACGAAGACAUUCUCUCCUCUUGCUUAUUAGAAAUGUCUCCCGCCAAUCUGAUAGUUCCCCUGUUGCUCGAGCUACUCGAAUACCUGCCCAUAGCCGAAACUAUGCACCCCAGUCGGCGUAAGUCUGACAUGGCGAUGCAUCUGCAGCAAAGCAUGGACGACACUAAGGACACCUAUGGACCCGCGUGUCGUGAUUAUUUUUGGCUCAUCUGCAGGUUGAUCGACGCUUUACCCGAGGACGCGAUACAAGAAAGCACGAGCGAAAAGUCUGGCAGUACGAUCGAUCUUCAGGCACUUGCCACUCGUGCCAUUGAGUCGAUAUUGGCCCGAGAAUUUUUGGAAAUGCGUCACAAUACCGUCGAAGACGACGGCCUCGUAGGCUUGCUGAAUCUCUGCUGCAACAUAAUGGCGCACAAUCCACCCUGCAAGCAAGGCGAAGUUGGAAAAAAUCUUUUGAAUCGCGUUUUCGACUUUUUGUUUGCUCUACCAACACCAAGAGCCAAACACAUGCCCAAGUGCAAGAGCCACUCAUCAAGGUCAGCGGCAUUCGAUCUCUUGGUCGAGCUCGUCAAAUCUGCGCCGGACAACUACCGCAUUUUGCACGACAAGCUGCUGGAUCAGCACAGGCCGAAGCGGCUUUCGCCUUACAGUUGGGAUUACUGGCCUCACGAUGACGGAAGAUCAGAUUGCGGCUACGUUGGUCUCACGAAUUUAGGAGCCACCUGUUACAUGGCCAGUUGUAUGCAGCACUUGUACAUGAUGCCCCAAGCUCGUGCAGCUAUACUCCAAGCCGAGUGCGCUCGCGCAAGCAAACAUCAACUAACAUUGGAGGAGAUGCAGCGUAUGUUUGCAUAUUUGCUGGAAUCUGAACGCAAAGCGUACAACCCGAGAAGCUUCUGUCGGGUUUACACGAUGAACCACGAGCCAUUAAACACCGGUGAACAAAAGGACAUGGCCGAGUUCUUUAUAGAUCUAGUGUCUAAGCUCGAAGAGAUGACGAGCGACUUGAAAAAUCUUGUAAAGACGCUGUUUUGCGGUAUAAUAUCUAACAACGUUGUGUCCCUCGAUUGCGAGCACGUGAGUCGAACCCUCGAGGAAUUUUACACGGUUCGUUGCCAAGUCGCAGACAUGAGGAACCUGUACGAAAGCUUGAACGAAGUAACGGUCAAGGACACGCUCGAGGGCGACAACAUGUACACGUGCUCGCAAUGUGGUAAAAAAGUACGCGCGGAGAAGCGGGCCUGCUUUAAGAAGCUACCGAGGAUAUUGUGCUUCAACACGAUGCGCUACACCUUCAAUAUGGGCACGAUGCUGAAGGAGAAGGUCAACACUCACUUUAGCUUUCCUCCUCGGCUCGACAUGUCCGGCUACAUGGAAAAUAAGCUGAUACCCCGUCACUGUCAGGAGCGUGAAAAACCCGAGGACAAGCAGAGUAGCAGCAAAAAAGACGAGGACGUGGAAAACAGCGAAGCUAAGGAGGAACACUAUCUUUACGAUCUGAUCGGCAUUACAGUUCACACCGGCACUGCGGAUGGGGGACACUAUUACAGCUUUAUACGCGAUCGUACGUCUCCCAACAAAGAUAAGUGGUUCCUGUUCAAUGACGCCGAAGUCAAACCGUUUGAUCCGAAUCAGAUCGCUGCAGAGUGCUUUGGUGGCGAGAUGACGAGUAAAACGUAUGACUCUGUCACCGACAAAUUUAUGGACUUUAGCUUUGAGAAAUCCAACUCGGCGUACAUGCUGUUUUACGAGUGGUGUCAGGAUCCAAGUGACUCGCCGCUCAAGGAGGAAGAGGCGUCUAGCUCAAAUUCAAUGUCGAUAGACUCGUCGCCCCAACAGUCGGAAACGCAAACGUCCACGAGCUUACAGCAAGAAGAAGAGAUGCCUGUGCUUGAGCUCAACAAAGAGCUGGAGGAGUACAUUUGGCAGGACAAUAUGAAUUUUCUCCAAGACAAGAACAUCUUUGAGCAAACAUACUUUAGUUUCAUGUGGCAGAUCUGCAGUUACAUACCGCAGACGUUGGCUAUCGCUCAGCCCAACAUUAUGGAAUGGUCCGCUGAACUGUCGGCCUCAUUCUUCCUGGAGACCUUCAUACAUGCCAAGGAAAAACCAACGAUGGUGCAGUGGGUGGAUUUGCUCACUAAACAUUUUAACAACUCGCUAACGGCGUGCGCAAGUUUUCUCGAAAAAAUGGCCAUGGAUUCGUGGUGGCCUGUCCAAAUUCUAGUCAAGUGCCCUAAUCAGAUGGUCAGGCAGAUGUUUCAAAGGCUGUGUAUUAACGUUAUCAUGAGACUGCGCCCAUCUCAGGCACCAUUCUAUCUCAUAUGUGAUUCGGAAGAUGACCCUGGAACAGUUGGAAUGCAAUCUUGCGUAACACGUUUCAUUCGCAUGCUUUUGUCGCUCAUGGAUCACGCCAAGCAGCAUCUGAAACAUCUUACCGAGUACUUUUUCUUCUUGUACGAAUUUAGCAAAAUGGGCGAGGAGGAGACAAUAUUUUUAAUCAAAGCCAACGCGAUCUCAACGAUGGUAAACUUUUAUUUGGGCCAUAAGACCCACGAGUUUGUGGAUUCCAUUAGCGAGGAAGAAGAGGAGGAAGAAGUUGUGGCGAUUGCGACUGAAAAAGUGAGACCGGCCUCUUUGGAUAAAAUGAUCACAUUGAUUGCUACUUUGGUGGAGCGUAGCAGGCUUCCAGAUCAUAGGUUAAACUUGUCGACGGUGGAUUUUAGUUCAAUCGCAUGUGGCAAGGGUUACCCCUUCUUGUACCAACAAAUACGUGAUAUGAUAAAUUUGCAUCAAACUCGUAAUUUGAUCCAGUCGCUGUGUCGUUGGAACGAAAGACUGUCGAUGCAAAUAAUAGGCAUGAUUUUCCAUGCUAUAACGAAACACACGGAAGUUUGCCAGCCGUUCUUCAAGAUUCUGACUCUGUUGACCGAAGGUACGAGUCCACCAGGACUUCCCUGUCUUACUCAGUUGAUCCUGAGCCAAGUGUGGGAAGUCGCAAGAGUCGCGCCACAUGGAGCUCUAGAGUGGCUUGCUUUAGCUGUCACACGAAGCAAACUUGCACACAAUUGGGUGCUCUCGAGCCUCGACAGCUGGCUUCAGCACUUUUUGAUAGAACACUCGAAUCAGCGGGUACGGUCCGCAGCUGCUUUCCUGCUGGUUUCGCUCGUACCUUCUGCACAUUUUAGACAAAGUUAUCGAAGUGCUCAUAGAUUGGGACUUGGCUGCAACACAUCCAGAGAGUUUCAACUCUCCUCUGAAGCUACUCUUGUACUGCAUCAAAUUUAUACUGCCCUUCUCAGACUAUUGCAGCCUGCUAGAAAUUACACGGAUAUCAAUACGCACGGAACUAUGAAACUCACUGCCUAUUUUGCUUUGAUGACGUACUGCAUCGUUUCAAACACGGAGAAACUCAUGUUUGGACAAUACUUGAACGAUCUUUGGACCUUGUUCCAUCCAAAGUUAUCAGAACCAAGCAUUCCAGUGCAUCACAAUAAACAAGCGCUUUUACUUUUUUGGUAUCACGUUAGCAACGAUUGCUCAGAGAACGUUGCUCUCAUUCUUCAUAAUCCGCACAUAACGAAAAAUAUUGCAUUCAAUUACAUUUUAGCUGAUCAUGAAGAUCAAGAUGUUGUUCUUUUUAACCGUAUAAUGUUGCCGGCAUAUUAUGGUUUAUUGAGACUUUGCUGUCAACAAUCUCAUGCAUUCACAAGGCAGUUGGCCGCACAUCAAAAUAUACAAUGGGCUUUCAAAAAUAUAACACCUCAUCCUACUCAGUAUUCAACGGCCGUAGAGGAACUGUUUAAGUUGAUGCAGUUGUUAGUUGCUCGGCAUCCAGAUCAAACUGAGCAAGAAGAAGCUGAAGUUAUAACGUUUAGGAGAGGAACGCUGACUUCCUACUUGCAGGGUCUCGACGGGAGGUCGUGCUGGGCCACACUUAUAUCGGCAUUUCGAAUCCUGAUCGAAUCAGAUGAUGACCGUCUAUUUGUGGUGUAUAACGGUGGCUUGAGUAUGGCACUCGAGGCCUUCCACAUGUUACAUAUAAUGUAUCAUGAGGCAACAGCCUGUCACGUAGCUGGCGAUCUUGCGGAGCUGAUAGCCAUCAUAGUAGAAUUAGUUCGUUGCGUUAGAACCGUCCGAGAGGGUCCAGAUGCUCGCAGUAUUUUGGCAAAUUGUAAAGAGUGGCCAGAUGUGUUGCGCAAGCUCGCCACUCUGCUCAACACCUACAAUCCUCCCGACAUGCGAAAUCUAGCCAUUGAUUUGCUCAAAGAGUUGGUGAUGCUCGUGCCGACAGAUACCAUAAGCAUCCUAGCACCACUGCUCUCGCAUUGCCACGCGGCUCUGCAAGAAUCACACGCAACAGUGCCUCCAGGACCCUAUCUACCUAGGCGCUCGACGCCAUCCGGUAAAAUGCCAUCCCGACCAGCCAGGCCCAUGGUGCAAAUGGCAGUUCCACAUUCACAACUCGAGGCUGCCAAAGGCACGGACCCAGAAUACGACAGUGCACUCCUUGAAUUUUACUUACCGUAUCACGAGCUUAUCGAUGUCAUGUGUAGAUUGGCCAUUAAUCAUGACUGCAUGACAGAGGUCCUCAUCAAUUUGAGUGCUAUGUUAGGUUUUGAAGGUGUUCCUUUGCAUUUAGCGCUGUUUCCAAGACUGUGGUUAGAUGUACACGCCGCAAGUCACAUUGAUAGAAAGUACAUAAACUUAUUACUCAGGUGUUCAUACACAGUAGACUACGUCGACGCCGUACUGCUGGACGAACGAUCGUCACUUACUGUGCCAGCGAUUCACUUUUUUCUCAAAACCUUCUUCCCGAAAUUGGCUAGCCACGUACUUACCGAGCAAACUUGUUCCAUCAUCGAUAAUCUUGUGAGCACUCUAAUCGAAGUCAUUGAUGUGCAAACUUCUGCACCCAGGCUCAUCGGCGACUUGCGAGCUUUGGCUUUAGUCUAUAGCAGUGGUGCCGAUAUCAAGCCACCCCCGGCUCUGCUAGCCACUCUCGAAACGUUACUGGAACGGACGAAAGUUGCCAAAGCCCGAUUCAAAGAAAGCAAACAGCAAGAGAUUGAGGCACCAACAAGGAAGCGCAAGUUUAAUACAGUCGAUGAUAUGGAGGAAGAUCAGGACGGCGACAAUGAGGAGGAAGAUGAUGACGAAGAAGUGGCUGCAACUCCUCUUGAUGCUGAAAUUCUUAAACAGGACAAUAACUCGCCUGUGAUAAUCGCUAGUGAAACAACGCCAUCGGCAACGACUUCGGCCAUGAGUCUUAGUGGAACGUCGACAACCGUAACAACGACGACGACGACGGCGACUGCGAAGACGACUAUAACGACGACGAUGACAACGACGUCAUCUUCGUCCCCGUCACCGUCAUCGUCGUCGCCUGAGGCAUCAAGUGUUGCCAAAGACAAGGAGAAAGAUCAGCAAGAAGAAGAUGCGCCGGCCGUCAAGUCUGGUGACGUGGAGAAGACAGAUCAAGCAGACUCAAAGUCGAGCUCGAGUCUCAGCACGACCAGUAAUUGGAACAUUAUGCCUGGUGGCUGCGCGAUGAACAGCUUCUCGUGGCUGGACAUGCUCGAAAAAACUAUCACGAAUCUUUUGAUGAUCGUGCAAUUUCAGUCAAAGAAUUGAACAACUCGUUGUUGCGAACUGUUUUGAAAUAAUUACUAAAUGAACGGGAAAAUUUUGUGUGUUUACAUGUGUCUCUCUGCGCGCCAUUAAAACGAAAAAUAAAAUUUUUUCAUCGGUUCUCAGCAGUAUCGUGAAAUCACAUACACACAUGCAUUCUUUGGAACUCCUAGACGAAUUGUAAGCGAUCAGUAGAGUCCAUUUUUACACGUGGGUAUGCGUAACAUACAUAUGCGUGUAUAUACAUGGAAUAAUCAGAAAAAAAAUACAUGUGUAUAGUUGGCAAUUAGUUGUCCGAGUAUGCAUCUCGUUUUAUCAGAGGAUUAGGAGAGCAAACGAUCGAUGGAAAACGUACUUUUGCGUAUUGUAACUUGUAAAAAUAUUAAUUAUAAAAUAUUAAUGAGGUAGAUAACGGAAAUAAGAAGUGUUGCAAUCUGAUUUACAAGAUUGAACAAAAUUUAGAAUCGACAGGAGAGCUUGUAGUUUUCAGUUUAAGUGUGAAUCAAUACCAUUUUCUGUACAAUCAAUUGCAAUAAUCUUUUUUUUUUUUUUUUCUUAUUUCACGCUAUUUUUUCAUUCUGUUCAUAAGAAAAUGAUGAUAUUUUUUAACGAUAGAUUUGAAAAACAAAACCAGAUAAGGGAGUUUAAAAGGUAAGUAUUUUUCAAAUAAAAAUGCUUGACUUGUCAGUCCUUUGUACAUCGAACUUAUACUUUCGUAAUACUAUUGGCCUUAUCGUUCUACGAAAAACAAAACAAAUAAAUUAAAAGAAAUUAUGACUUGGGCGACAACAUGUUACAAUUCACAUGCGUCUGUGAUUGUUUUUAAUAUUAAAUAUGUUUGUAUAAUGUAAAAAAAAGAAAACUGUCGACACUAUAUAAAUAUAAAAUUUUUUUUCCAACAAGUGGUAAAGUAUUAUGAAUCGUCAAUUAUUCAAAAUAUAUUUUUCAAAUAUCUUUUAAGUAAUUAUUUAUUUAUGUAAAUGUAAAUCAAGAAAAAAAAAGUUGUAAAAGCGACCCAAUACAAUAUAUGAAUCACUUAAAAAUAUAAUUUAUUAUCAAAAAAA